AUGAUAGCCAGCUGGCUCCUGGGGUCCAACCAUCAAAGGGUGGUGCUCAGACAGCAGCUCCUGCUUGCAAUCAUCUACAAAGCCCCUAACCCUGCCCCCGCCCAGACACCCUCUGAAUCAAAGCCCAAGAUCCCCCUCUACUGCUGUAUCACAACCUGGAUACCCCUUCCCCACACUGAAUCAGAGUCCGGAUCCCUCCAGACUACUGAAUCAGGGGCCCUGGAGGGCACAGCCCCUGUGGCCAGGGUGCUGGGGGGCAGGCUGGAGGUAGGGGGUUGGGUCUUAUUCCCCACAUUCCUUUGCUCUGCACAUUGA